GAUGACAACAUGUAAACACAUUAACAUGCGGCUGGAGAAAAAAAUGUACUGUUGAAUAAAAUUGUUUAUCCAUUUUUUUUACGAAGACAGCUGAUUAAAAACUAGAUAUGAGAAAAAAAAGCCGUAAAGUUAAAGCUGCUGCUAAAAGCAAAUUGUUUAUGUCCAAGAAGAAAUUGAGAGGCAACAUUCCUUUAGCAAAUGUGGAAAGUGACAGUGGUCCAGAUGUUGAUAGUGAUUCUAUGUAUCAUGAUGAAAUCGAUGACUUUCAUCUAAAAGAAGACGAGAAAUUGUCCACAGAUGAUGAGCUGAUUCAACAUGACGACAGCAGCUCUGAAGAAGAGGAAGUUUUGCCUAUUACUGAUGAUGAAAAAGACAAUCUCAGUGAAGAGGGAAAAGAUGAAGAUGAAGAAAUUGACGAAGAAGAAGGAUUACCUAACUCUGAAGCGUGGGGUAAAAAGAAGUCAUGGUAUUACAACGCUGAUUUUGUAGAUGAAGACAGGGGGAAAACAUAUAGAGAAGAAGAUGCUGAAGCUGCAAAAGCUGAGGAAGAAGAAGCACUUGCUAUUCAGAAAAGUGUAUUCAAUAAUAUCAAUGCUGAUAAUUUGGGUGCAAAUUUGCAAUUUGAGGAAUCAUCCGCAUCUUCUGAAGAAGAUGAAGAAGAAAAAAUAUAUGAUUGGUCAUCUAUAUCAAAGGAAGAAAAAUUAAGGUAUUUGAAGAAAAUAAGUCCAGAAUUUUUGCCAUACAUCGAAGAGUUUAAGGAAAAGAUGCUUGAAAUUAAAGAAAAAAUUGAGCCAUUGUUAAAACUUGUGAAAGAAGACAAAAUACCAUCCAAGGAUUUUGGAAAUUAUAUUAAAUUAAGAUAUCAGAUUUUGUCAUGUUACUGUAUGAAUAUCAGCUUUUAUGCUAUGCUAAAAUGCCGAGGAUCUGUUGUUUCAAAUCAUCCUGUUUUACAAAGAAUAAAAACGUACAAAAAGCUGAUAGAUCAAUUAACGCCAAUAGAAGAUAAAAUUAAAGAUGAUGUGAAUAAUAGCUUAGAGAAUCUUAAAGAACAUGAAGACGUAUCUUUGAACCUUAAUUUGUAUAACACAGAUCUUACUUCAAAAGUGGAAAGCAUUUCUGAGAAUGAGCCAAAGGAUUCAGUUUCAAAACAGAGAAAAAAAAAAAGCAAGUCAAAACAAAAGAAUACUAAAGAUGAAAGUGAAAUUAUAUCACUUUAUCUGGAUGCAAAAGAAAAAGAACAAACAGAAAAACAGCAACCAGUUUCUUCUGACCAUGACAUGGAAAAGGAAAAAGAAAUACCUGCUGAAAAUAUUGAAGAUGGGAAAAGAAUGAUAACUUAUCAGAUUGCAAAGAAUAAAGGUCUUGUUGCUCAUCGUAAGAAGGAGUACCGCAAUCCUCGAGUCAAGCACAGAAUGAAGUUUAGAAAAGCCAAGAUAAGAAGAAAAGGACAGGUUAGGGAAGUUGUGAGAGAAAUGAAACGUUACGAAGGAGAGCCAACUGGAAUAUCUACACAUGUUGUAAAAAGUAUAAAGUUGAAAUAAAAUAUGACUUUAAAU